AUGAAUAGGUUUGUACUAUUGUUUCUUUUUCUACUGCAAUUCUUCUCCAACAAAGCAGAUUCUCAGCGUGCAGAAGGAGAGUUCGGCUUCAAUGGCUACUUGUACGACAGCUACGGAAUUGCCACUCUUGACUCCAAUGGCUUAGUGGAGCUAACCAAUACGACAGUUCAAAAAACUGGUCAAGUUUUCUACAAUUUCCCCGUUCGGUUCAAGACCUCAACACACAGUACUGUUUCUUCUUUCUCAACCACCUUUGUUUUCGCUAUAGUCUCUCAGAUUCCAAUACUUAGUGGCCAUGGGAUUGCUUUUGCCAUCUCUCCUACCAAAGGCUUGCCCUAUGGUCAUCCUUCACAAUAUCUGGGGCUCUUUAAUAUCUCAACCAAUGGAAAUUCCUCUAAUCAUGUUGUAGCAGUUGAGUUUGAUACAAUCCUAAGCACAGAAUUUAGUGACAUAGAUGAUAACCAUGUUGGCAUCGACAUCAAUAGCUUGAAGUCAGUGAAAGCUUCUACAGCAGGUUAUUACGAAGACGAUGGUACUUUCAGGAACAUCUCUCUUAUCAGCGGAAAACCGAUACAAGCAUGGGUUGAAUAUGAUUCCUCAAGAAAACAACUUAAUGUCACACUUCAUCCUAUUCAUGUCUCCAAGCCAAAGAUUCCACUGCUUUCUCUAACCAGAGAUUUAUCCCCAUAUCUCCUAGAUUCUAUGUACGUGGGAUUCACUUCAUCCACAGGCUCUGUUCUUUCAGCUCACUAUAUUCUGGCUUGGACCUUCAAGGUCAAUGGGAAAGCUUCAAACAUAGAUCCAUCUCGUCUUCCUAAACUUCCUAGAAAAUUUCAAAGUGACUCUCCGAGUAGUCUUAGAAAGAUCUUGGCUAUCACUUUGAGUCUAACCGGCUUCGCUGUUGUCGUCUUCUUCACCAUAAGUUUUAGGCUUUUCUUAAAAAGGAAGAAGUUAAUGGAAGUUCUUGAGGAUUGGGAGGUUCAGUUUGGUCCACAUAGGUUUGCUUACAAGGAUCUCUACAUUGCCACAAAGGGUUUCAAGAACAGUGAGCUUCUUGGUAAAGGAGGGUUUGGAAAAGUUUACAAAGGUACAUUAUUGACGUCUAACAUGGACAUCGCGGUGAAGAAAGUUUCUCAUGAUUCGAGACAAGGAAUUAGAGAGUUUAUCGCCGAGAUCGCGACUAUUGGCCGUCUUAGACAUCCUAAUCUAGUUCGGCUUCUUGGUUACUGCAGACGCAGAGGCGAACUCUAUUUGGUCUACGAUUGUAUGCCAAAAGGCAGUCUUGAUAGGUUCCUCUACCACCAACCGGAACAGAGUCUUGAUUGGUCACAAAGAUUCAAGAUCAUCAAAGAUGUAGCUUCUGGUCUCUGUUAUUUACACCAACAAUGGGUUCAAGUUAUUAUUCACAGGGACAUUAAGCCAGCAAAUAUCCUUCUUGAUGAGUCUAUGAACGCAAAGCUCGGUGAUUUCGGUCUUGCGAAGCUCUGUGAACACGGGGUUGAUCCACAAACCUCUAACGUGGCGGGUACCUUUGGAUACAUCUCACCGGAGCUUUCGAGAACAGGAAAGGCAAGCACAAGCUCUGAUGUAUUCGCAUUUGGAGUGUUCAUGUUAGAGAUUACUUGCGGGAGGAGACCCGUCUUGCCACGAGCUUCUUCGCCGAGCGAGAUGGUUCUUACGGAUUGGGUUCUAGAAUGUUGGGAAGAUGAUAUAUUGCAAGUGGUCGAUGAGAGGGUUAAGCAUGACAACAAGUACCUUGAGGAGCAAGUAACACUGGUUCUGAAGCUUGGUUUGCUCUGUUCGCAUCCAAUUGCAGCCAAUAGACCAAGCAUGUCGAGCGUCGUUCAAUUCUUGGACGGUGUGGCUCAGCUACCUCAUAACUUGCUUGACAUUGUGAAAGCUCGAGAAAUUGUUGGAGCCACUGGUGAAGAAGAAGCUGAGUCACCUGCGCAGCCAAAUUCGGUGGGUACGUUGACGUUCACGGAACCAUUUGUCUCGCAUGGACGCUAG